AUGCAAGGCAUACUAUCACCCAAGAUAAAAAUCGUUAUUGGUCCAUUUGUUCAUGCUAUGCCUGAAAAUAUAAAUCGUAAUCUGGGCCCUAGAUUUGAUAGCAUGGAUGAAAUGAUUCGAUGGUUUAAUUAUUGGCUAAAAGAUAACAAUAGAAAUAAUGAUAUUUUAAAUCAACCUGAUAUAACAUUGUUCAUUCGUAGAAAUCUUACAACGGGUAACUAUCGAUAUGAGCCCCAAUGGACAAUUUCUCGACAAAGGAUAAAACGUAUGUACAUGAACAAAGGUCAAAUUUUGAGUGAACAAGGAAUUUCAACUGUAGAAGAAAAAUGUGUAAACAACAAGGUGGAUACACUUGAAUAUCGAUCAUGGAUUGGUUUUGAAGGUGGUCGCUGGUUAGAUGGAUUGACAGGAGAUCAGCGAAUUCUUGACGAAAAUUGUCUUGUCUAUCAGACUGAUCCUAUUCAAGAAACAAUUAAAAUUAUUGAUUUUGUCAAUGUAUCCCUUCAGGUCAGUGCUACUGCUUCAUUAGCUGAUUGGAUUCUACGAUUAUUAGAUGUGGAUAUUGAUGGUCGAGUAUUGAUUGUAACAACAGGUGCAAUAAAUGGAGCUCAACGAGAAAUAUUACCUUUAAAUCUCGAACCGAAUCAUCCAUAUAUAAUAACUAUUCGACUUCAUUUUACGACAUGGAGUUAUUUUAUUGAUCAUCACAUUCGUCUUGCUAUAUGA